UUUUUUUUAUUUUCAGUUUGGCGGUUCUGAAGCCAUUAUUACUGCCUUGAGUGAUGAAUUCCCCAAGAUAGGACGAAAUCGAGAAAUCUUUGUAGCCGGUUUAUUUUCACUAUACUUUGUAGUGGGUUUAGCUAGUUGUACCCAAGGAGGCUUCUAUUUCUUUCAACUUUUAGAUCGUUAUGCGGCAGGUUAUUCCAUUUUAGUGGCAGUAUUCUUUGAGGCUAUAGCAGUUUCAUGGAUAUAUGGUACAAAUCGCUUCUGUGAAGACAUCAAAGACAUGAUUGGCUUUCGACCAGGCAAAUAUUGGCAAAUAUGUUGGCGUUAUGUAGCACCCAUAUUCUUACUAUUCAUCAUUGUCUACGGCCUUAUAGGCUAUCAACCAUUGACCUAUGAAGAAUACGAAUAUCCCGGCUGGGCUAAUGCCUUGGGUUGGAGUAUAGCAGGCUCAUCGGUUAUAAUGAUACCAGCAGUGGCCGUUUUUAAAUUAUGCACUACAUCCGGUACGUUGAGACAACGUUUGCGCAUACUCACCACACCCUGGCGAGAUCAACAGGUAUCGGUUAAUGGGGUAACAGCAGAUGCCACGCAAGUACGUUUAACCGAUACCAAAGAGGCUUCAGAAGUUUGAAAUCAACCAUUUGCUAGAUUUCAAAUAUAUUAUGUAUAGUAUAAUAAUUAAUAUAAAUGUAAUAUUUAAUAUUUAAACUACAAUUGUUUUAUGUUUUAAAAGCUACUGAAAGGAAAAUUAGGCUUAAUACGAAUACUUUUUAUGUUAAAAAAAAGAAAAUGAUAAUUAAUGCUCAAGUGAAAAAACUGCAUGCAAAACAAUGUUUAGGGAAUUAGUUUAUAAGUUUUGAAUGAAUAAAAAAACAACAACAUUUUGUACACUUUAACUUGAAAA